AAGAGGAAAAGGAGACAAAAAGCAUUAUCGUUUUAAUAAAGGCAGGAAAUAAAAGCAUUAGGAGAUAUUUACAGGACGAUCUAGAGAAAUUAACAAAAAGCAAAAGAGGAAAUCACUAUCAUUUUGAUGAGGAGUGGAAGACGGAUGAGGAUCAGUCGAUGGUCGGUGAGAAGGUUAAGAAGUUAGUUUGUAUUGACAAAUGGUGGCGAGGCUCUAAUAUAAAACUAGGAACUGGAAACCAGUAUGAGGCCGGAGCAUAA